CGACGUUACCUUAAUUGAACAUCACUUAUCGAUCGCGGCGGGUCGCGUAAGGUGGCUUUGGCUUCCUGCUUCAACUGCAGUGCUCCAAACAACUUACAACACCACAUCCCAAGCCGACAUUGUUGGAAAAUUGACAACCGGCCAUUCCUAGUCAUAUAUUUCCCGAACCUACCCUGUCCCGUGUGCCAAAGUUCAACGCUACAUCGCGACAUGUUCCUCAAGCGCAAACGAUCAGAGUCUGAGCUCUCCUUCAGCUCAUCUUUGCCGUCCCCAUCAGCUGGAACGUCCAACGACCAUGGCUUCGACCUGAGCGCAAUCGCUUCUGUCAUUAAUAGCCAGAAAUCCUUUUCCACCAUCCCCUUAUCCACGCCAUCCCAUCUUCACAGCCGCACCAUGAAGCGGUACCGCAACAACCGGCCUUCUGAGGAAGAAGUCCAUCAACGGACCCUCAGCUUGCUGUAUGCCGCCCAACAGCAACAGCAACAGCAACAGCAACAGCAACAGCUACAGCAACAACACCAAGCCGCAAGCCCAGCCUUGAACGCCCAGCAGCAGCAGCAAUCAAGCACUGUCAACGCCGUAGGACCGUCUGUUACCCUCCAGAAGCAACAACAAGCUAGCCGCGGUCAACAGCGCUCACUUCAUAGCUUCUGGAACCUUCCUGCUGCCCCAGUCACGACAACUUCCUCCCACAUUUCUCCCGCAACAUUAUCGAACACCUCUGGCAACAUCCUCCUAGAUACUCCUACGAGCUGUGAGGAUUGUGGGGCAGGUCCAAGUGGUAACAGUGGCGGUAGUGGUAGUGGUGGGAACAGACUUCCCGAGAGAAGAGGAGAGGGGGGAGACCACGACGUCGACAUGAUGGAUGUUUCUACUACCCAGGACAGCUCCGGACAUGAACAAGGGAACGAUGAAUACGACAGUAGCCUCUCACAAUGCGAAGCUUGUAGGAAGAUGGUUUGUUUUAGUUGUUCGAUCAGUAACUUGGGAGAACACAGGAGAUGUUUGGCUUGUGCCUAGAGAAGGGUCUGGGUUGGCUAAAGUGCUAUUAGGGUUCCAUCAGGCUAUCGGCUCAGGAAGACAUUCAAAGAUACCACCAUUCUAAAACUAGGUUUGGAUAAGGCGUUUUCAGGGGUCUCGAUUCUGGCUGGCUAUGGGCGCAUUUGGCGAAUCUUUGUUUUGGGUUUGGUUUAUUUAGCUUUUUUGUUUAUAUUUUUGCGAGCAGAUGGCUCGUCAAGUCUGGAUCAUGUGGCGGCACCUACCAA